AUGGACAGGUCGCUGUCGCUUCCACUCCUUUCAACAGGAAAUGCCAUAUUCACCUGUUCAGCAGCAACUCUGUCCUACGUCGGCUCGAUUUAUCUUUUCUCUGCUCAUCGCAUCGGAAGCCAUCCAGCAGCUCAGUAUGACAACGAAAAACUGAUUCGACAUAGACUACGAAUGGUCUCUUUUAGCACGCUGACAAGCUUGGUCGGAUGCGCCGCCACCAUCUGGUCGAAGCUUCCAGCACUAAAUGGCACACUCACAUUGCGGCGGUCCCUUCGACUCUUAGGCAUCCCUCUGCCAGAGGCAAAUUUGGAAGCGAUUGUCAAUGGAGCACGAGAGCACCUUGCUCCAGCCGUGGCAUUUCCACUCGGCUUGACUGCACUCAUAUACUGCGGCCCACUUUAUUGUUGCUUCUUGGAUCAAUCGCUACCAUUUCAAAGACAGUUUAGUUUCAAGAGGGAUGUCCUAUUUCGCUUCAGUCAGCUACAAGGUCUAAGAACUUUCGUUGUGGGCCCUCUCACCGAAGAGUUGGUCUUCCGGUCUUGCAUCAUUGGCGUCUCCUUGUGCAGCGGUUUCAGCAGGAUGAGCCUCAUCUUUCUCACACCUGCAUAUUUCUCAAUAGCUCACUUCCAUCAUGCGUGGGAAAACUACGUCGGCGAGGGCAAAACUCGCAAAGCUCUGAAGCGCUCAGUGCAGCGUGCAAUCUUUCAAAUGCUGUACACCGCCAUCUUUGGAUGGUAUGCGAAUACGUUGCUGCUCCGAACAGGCGAAGUCCCUCGCAUUGCAGGGAACGUGAUUGUGCCAUUCCUUUCCCACGUGUUCUGCAAUGUGAUGGGACUGCCUGACUUAUUCCACGCCGAAGAAACGCACCCUCAACGGAAGCUAUCCAUUCGUAUGGCGCAUCUUGCUGGCAUCGCAGCAUUUGUCGGCUUUUUUGGUCGCUUGACGCGUCCAACCCUUUUCGGCGGCUCCGCCCUCUGGCAACAAUGA